UGCCGCCAGGUGCAGCAACCUUUGCUGCGGGAGGUGGUGGCCGGGGGAGCCGGCGAGGAGCAUUUUUCGUCAGCCAAGAUGGCUUCCAAAAGGAGAAUUUUGAGCUUUAGUGAAAGGCGUCAGAAAUUAGUAGAUGAAAACUAUCGCAAAAAAUUGCAUGUUCAAGCGCUGAAAAAUAUAGAGAGUCAAAUCAGGAACCAAAUGGUGCAGGGUGAAAUUGAUGACCGAAUUGAGCGCAGGAGAUUCCUCAGAUUAUUACAGAAUGAGCAAUUUGAAUUGGAUAUGGAAGAGGCCAUUCAAAAGGCAGAAGAAAACAAGAGAUUGAGGGAACUCCAGCUUGCACAAGAAGAAAAAUUAGCUGAGGAAUUGGCAAAACUAAAACACGAAAGUCUAAAGGAUGAGAAGAUGAGGCAACAAGUAAGAGAAAACAGUAUUGAGCUCAGAGAAUUGGAGAAGAAAUUAAAAGCAGCUUACAUGAAUAAAGAAAGGGCGGCUCAGAUUGCUGAAAGGGAUGCCAUUAAAUAUGAGCAAAUGAAACGUGAUGCUGAAAUAGCCAAAACCAUGAUGGAAGAACAUGAGAGAAUAAUAAAGGAAGAGAACGCUGCAGAAGACAAACGAAACAAAGUAAAAGCACAGUACUAUCUUGACUUAGAGAAACAACUUGAAGAACAAGAACAAAAAAAGCAGGAAGCUUAUGAACAGUCGCUGAAAGAGAAACUCAUGAUUGAUGAAAUUGUUAGGAAAAUCUGUGAAGAAGAUCAAUUGGAAAGACAACAAAAGUUAGAAAAAAGGAAUGCAACCCGAAGGUAUAUAGAAGAGUUUCAGAAACAGCAGGCUCUCUGGAGAAAAAAGAAACGUGAAGAGAUGGAAGAAGAAAACAGAAAAAUCAUAGAAUUUGCUAACAUGCAGCAGCAAAGAGAAGAAGAUCGGAUGGCAAAAGUUCAAGAAAAUGAGGAAAAAAGGCUACAGCUUCAGAAUGCGCUGACUCAGAAGUUGGAAGAAAUGCUACGGCAACGUGAAGAUUUGGAACAAGUGCGACAAGAAUUAUACCAGGAAGAACAAGCUGAAAUAUAUGAGAGAAAACUAAAAGAAGAAGCAGAAGAGAAAUUGAGAAAGCAAAAAGAGAUGAAGCAAGAUUUUGAAGAACAAAUGGCCUUGAAGGAACUAAUACUACAGGCUGCAAAAGAGGAAGAGGAGAUCUUUAGAAAAACUAUGCUAGCUAAAUUUGCUGAGGAUGAUCGAAUUGAAUUAAUGAAUGCUCAGAAACAAAGAAUGAAGCAACUGGAACACAGGAGGGCUGUGGAAAAACUUAUUGAAGAGCGUCGCGACCAGUUCCUUGCAGACAAACAACGUGAACUGGAAGAAUGGCAGUUGCAGCAAAGAAGACAAGGAUGUAUUAAUGCAAUUAUUGAAGAAGAAAGGCUAAAACUUCUCAAAGAACAUGCUACAAAAUUACUAGGAUAUCUCCCUAAAGGAGUAUUUAAAAAAGAGGAUGAUAUUGAUAUGCUUGGCGAAGAGUUUAGGAAAGCAUAUCAGACAAGGAGUGAAAUUUAUGAAGAGAAGUGAAGAAUCAUCAAGAUUUGGUAAAACCUGGAUUCUUUUGUAUGUUACCACUAGAUGUCAGCAUAACUUUUGUUUUACAGUUAGUUCAGUGACAGUAGCAAUCCACUGUCUAUUUGGAUUUUCUGAACAUCAGAGUAUUUCAUAAUAUGUAAACAAUUAGAUAAAAAAUUAAUAUUUAGCUGCAAAAUUA